AUGUCUGAUAAAACAAAUUCAAACACAACAAUUAAAAUUGAACCGAUCGAAUAUCCUCAGGUAAAACAAGAGUUAGAUGAUUAUGAAAUUGAUGAAAUUUGUCCACAGCAAUUUCUAAAAUCAGAAGUUACGGUUGAAGAGGAUAUAAAGCAAGAAAUCAUCGAUGAGCAAGUUUUUAAACAUGAUCCUCAAGUGAAAGAAGAGGUUAAUGAUAAUGAACAUACAUCAAAUAUGAUUAUGGAGAAUGAUGAGAUAUGCCUACAGCAAUUUUUAAAAUCUGAGGUUACGAUUGAUGAGGAAAUUAAACAAGAAAAGAUCGAUGGGCAAGAUGCUGCGCCUAAUACAAGUUUAAGUGAGAAAACUGACAUAUUCAAUGAAAACAUUGGUAAUUCAAGUAACACGAACAAAUCAUUUGAAAGUGUUUCUGAAACAUGUAAAAUAAAUGAUAAUCUAAAACCAUAUAAAUGUAAAUUUUGUAAUAAAACAUUCAAAAGAAAGCAACAUUUAAAGCAUCAUGAAAUAAUUCACACUGGAGAACGUCCACAUAAGUGUGAAAUAUGUCAUAAAACAUUCAUAGAAAAGUGGUCUUUGAAACACCAUGAAGCAAUUCACACUGGAGAACGUCCGCAUGAGUGUGAAAUAUGCAAUAAAAGAUUUGUCAAUUUAAGAAUGUUAAAAAACCACUCAGCAUUGCAUAAAGAAGACCCUUAUUACAAACAUCCACAUGAGUGUGAAAUAUGCAGAAAAAAGUUUGUAACAAAAGGAGCAUUAAAUUACCAUCAAAAGAUUCACAGCGAAGAACGUCCUUAUAAGUGCGAAAUAUGCAAUAAAGCAUUUGCAUUAAAGGAAUAUCUUAAAGGACAUAAAAUGAUUCAUUCUGAAGAACAUCCUUAUAGUUGUGAUAUAUGCAAUAAAACAUUUACAAGAAAGACAUCAUUUAAGAUUCAUGAAAUGAAUCAUACUGGUGAACGACCUUACAAAUGUGAAAUAUGCAAUAAAGGAUUCAAAGCAAUGUGGCUUUUAAAACAACACGAAAAUGUUCACACUGGUGAACAUCCGCAUAGUUGUGAUAUAUGCAAUGAAAAAUUUACAGUAAAGUCAUUAUUAAUCUAUCAUAAAAUGAAUCAUACUGGUGAACGACCUUACAAAUGCGAAAUAUGCAAUAAAACAUACAAAUCAAAGAUAAGUUUAACCGAACAUGAAAUGUCUCACACUGGAGAAAGACCUUUUGAAUGUGAAAUAUGCCAUAAAGCAUUUAAAACAAAUCGGGCUUUAAAAGCCCAUGCAAGUAUUCACAUUGAAGAACGUACUUAUAGUUGUGAAAUAUGCAAUAAAACAUACAUAAGAAAAGAUUCAUUAACACGACAUGAACUUAUUCACACUGGAGAACUCCCUCAUGAGUGCGAAAUAUGCAAAAAAAGGUUUCCACAUCAAAGGAACUUAAAAACGCAUUUAUCAGUGCAUAAUGAAGAACGUCCUUAUAGUUGUGAAAUAUGUAAUAAAACAUUCAAUAGAAACACAAAUUUAAAGCAACAUAAAAUGAUUCAUACAGGUGAACGUCCUUUUAGUUGUGAAAUAUGCAAUAAAACAUUCACAUCUAAACAAGCAUUCAAUCAACAUAAAAUAUCUCACACUGAUGAGGGUUCUUUCAACUGCGAAAUUUGCAAUAAAUCAUUCUCAACAAAACAAUCAUUAAGCCGACAUAAAGUGAUCCAUACAGGAGAACGCCAUUAUAGUUGUGGAAUUUGCAAUAAAGCAUUUGCAUUAAAAGAUACAUUAAGACAGCAUUUGAAAGGAGUACAUGCUGGUAUACGCUCUGUAAAAAAACCUUCAGAAAAAAUUUUGGAAGUGCCGGAAACUGUUCAACCUUAA